GUCGUCAUUUCCGGAAAGUCACACAUUUCCCAAGGUUCAUUGCACUCUAGCUGAAGGAGCUGGGAGUAAGAUGGCUGAUAGACCCGUGCCGCUGUCUGACAAGAAACUCAUGGAUGUGAAGCUCGGUGAGCUUUCAUCCUGGGCUGGAACCCGGGACUUCACUCCCAACGGGAUCAUCUCAGCUGUUCGCCGUGGUCAUGACAGGUUCUUCAACAAGUACAUCAAUGUGAAGAAGGGAGGUAUUGGCGGUAUUGCCAUGCUGCUCACCGGUUAUGUGAUCCUCAGCUAUGUCUGGGAAUAUGAUCACAUCAAGCAUGAUCGGUGGAGGAAGUACCAUUAGGAGUGAGACUUUGGUGGUUGUUCCUGGUUUCUCUGCGGUGAACUUUGACACCAGUUAAAUUUCUGUACAAACUACUACCAUUGACCAAUAAUAAACAUCUGUGGAAUACUGAGGAGA